CAUGGGAUCCUUUUAUGUGCAGAGCAUGGAGCUUUUGCAGCAAGAAACUGCCAGCUUGUUUACAAAGAUUGAAGAGAGAAGGAACUAUUUCAACAAAGUUCUAAAGGACUUAAGUACUGCAUUACGUGAACGUCAAGACUCAUAUAAUUCUCAAGAGCAUGGCAAAGAGCUCAAAUCAGUCGUGGAAAAAAAUACAGAGAAAAGAGGUAGACUUGAAGCGUACAGUGAGUUUGGAGUUUGGACCAUAUUCUUCAAGUAUUUGGCCAUAUCAUUUGAGGGUAACUGUGAUGAAAUUCAACUUCCCAAAGAGAAACUCGAGGAAGCUGAAGCUAAUAAGAAAUGUCAGGUACUCAUGACUAAAAUAGAGUUGGCAAAAGCUGAACUUCAGGAACUAACUGAACAAAAAUCCAAACUUGCUUCUCAAAAUUCAGAGUCAAAACAAACCUUGGAGCAACUGCAACGUAAACUUGACGCUUUUCCGCCUGAAUUGAAAGCAAUGGAUAUAUCGGCUUUGGAAGAGGAACAUAAAGCUCUGAUUUCUGAUAAAGCAGGGGAAAUUAGCUAUCUUCAGUCUUUGCAAGAAAGGAUAGAGCAACUCAAGGGCAUUUCACAAUCUGUAAAGUGCGCAUGUGGAGAAGAAUACAAAGUGGAGAUUGUUCAGAAAUAAGAAAAGAUAUGUCUGUGUCUCUGUCUCUCUCUCUAAAGAAGGAUGUCAGUAUAUGUCUAACAACAUGGACAAGUAUACAUGUGUAUAGCUUCUUUCAUAGCUUUUUUCUGACAAAAAGUAUGCUUGAAAUGGUUUCCAGUCUUCAAAA